GGAUCCAUGGAGAGGACCCCUAUGAAGCCAUCAGGUUUCGGAGUUUAGGAGACCAACCCCCUUGCCUGGCCAGCCUAGCUUGAUUACCCAUCUAGGUAAUCAUCUACCCCUCCGGGACCGAGUACCGUUGCCGAUCAACUCCGUAGGAACUGAAGCUCUCACCAAACUUGGCGCUUAAUCGGCCUGCUAUCGCUCGAAAAGCAUACAGCUCCGAACGCCUCGAAAGCCCCCCAACUCCUUGGAGGCGUUCCAGAACUAUGUAGGUAGUCAGACAAUAUAUGCGACAUUUGGAGAAGCCCGAUACCAGACGCUAUACUUGACCUAGGUAUGCACACCGCAGGUAGGUGAGUGGUCUUUUCUCUGGACCGUUUCGUCGGGGAUCCGGUUACACGAUCCACACCGGAGUCUUAUAUUUCUGUAGCCUUUGUCCAGCCAUUCGGAUGCGCUUAUCCGUCUGUAAUUCGGGUAUAACUUGAAGCCAUUGGCCUGCAUUUGACGGCUUGAUUUGAUGUCGACAUCACCAUCACAUCACCACCAGCAUUAGCUAGAGACUAGGCACACCGGCAUCCAUACAUUAGCAAGAAACCAUCGUCCCACAAAUCCGUAACUCCUAAUAUCCAGCUUUUGAGCCCAUCACCAGUAGGAAACAGUCGCUUUUCCCAUAACCAGCCACCCACCAUGCCCGACUCCAGCAAGCCCCCGCCGAAGAAAUUCGACCUGAUCAACCGCGGCGAGCGCAAGCCCACGCUACUAGGGACCCUAACCUUCGUCGGCCUACGCAUCAUGGACCUGCCGCUCCAGCACGCGCUCCUCCUCCCCGCCGGUCUCGGUCCCGCGCUUCUCUCCAAGCUCGGCAUCACGCUCUCCUCGACCGCGACCACGCCGGCCGGGCCCCUCAGCACCGGCAUAUCGUACCUGGACGUGCUGGGCCACCCGACGAGCGCCAUCCUGAUGCUCUUCGCGCUCGGGUCCAGCGUGAAGCAGAUCUACUGGCAGCUGUUCGUCUCCAAGGAGUCCUUUCCCGCCCCCGCGGCCGCGGCGGUCGCCUUCUACAACAGCCUAUUCAACGCGCUGAACUCGCUGCUCUUCCUCGCGCUCUUCACGUCCUCGGUGCGCUCGCAGCCGCAACUCGGCGUGCCCGCCGCGCUCUCCGUGACCGGGUCCGCGUACAACCUGCCCCUGAGCACGGUGGUGGGCGUGUGCGUGUACGUGUUCGGCAUCAUCCUAGAGGCGGUCUCGGAGAGGCAGCGGCGCGACUUCAAGGACGCGCCCGAGAACGCGGGCAAGGUGUGCAAGGUGGGCGUGUGGCGCUGGUCGCGGCACGUCAACUACUUCGGCUACUCGCUCUGGCGCGGCGGCUACACUAUGGUCGCCACCGGCUGGAUCGGCGGCCUCGCCGUCGGCUCCUGGCAGAUGUGGGACCUCGGAUACCGCGCCGCCGGCGUCAUGGACGACUACUGCACCAACCGCUACAAGGAGCAGUGGGCCCAGUUCAAGCGCGAGGUGCCUUCGAAGAUCGUCCCCGGAAUUUGGUAGGGUGUGUUUACUGUUUACCACCUACCUACCUCUCUACCUAUCUCUCUUACCGGCUUUUGACUGCCUAUCUUGUUGUUAAAGACGUGGGACCCAGUCACUACUAAGGUGGUUUAUAUAUCCAUCACAUACCUAUUUGAGAUCCUUCCUUACCUAAGGCAGGUUUCCUGCAAUAGCCAACUGCAAUAGACUUAGCGCACUUUACGCGUAUACAUUAGAUUAGCAUGCAAGAAUGAAAUUCAGUUUUUUGUUAGU